AGCGCGUUCUCAAAGCUUACCGUAUGUAAUAAAAGAGUUGUGAUCUGAGCCCCGCGCGACGCACAGAGUCACAGAAAUAUUUGAAAUGCAUAAUCAUUGUCGUCUCUCAACCAUUACUACUACUAUUACUAUUACUAUUACUAUUACAAUAAUUUUUUCUCUCCUUUUUGAAUGAGCACAAUCGCAGAAGAGGAUCAACGAGAAGCUGAAUCACCAAAAGAACCUAGUCUUCUAGAAGCCUUAGGACCUACUGUCGAAAAUGUUCAAAAUUCAUUCGGUUCGAUUUAUUCAGUGAGUAGUACCUGAGAGACAACAAGGCGGGUAGGGGAGGACAAUCAUUCAAUAGAGUCCCAUGAAACUCACAAAUUAUUGAUCAGACGUUGGAAAAAGGGUUACAACAAAAUAUGCAACUCAGUCAGACGAUGAUGGGCAUGUUUGAUGAAAUAUACAAAGCAAACAUAAAGAUUGGCAGUUCCUUUAAACCAGCUGGCAAUGGUAAAGUGAUUAUGUCGUUGAUGAUCAACAAUAGAACAAGGUUACCUAUGCUAGAUUUAAAAGGCAAAAUACAAAUAGAAACUGAUGAGGUGAUUAUUCAGUACAAGGAAGCGUUAGAUCAAUUGAAUCAAGCUAUACCAAAUAUAUUCGAAUCAGACGAAAAAUGUGAUUUCAUGCCGCAUCAACAAUAUAUCCAAAAAAUCGAGAUAACUUUGAAUGAAUUAACUCAAUGCAAUGGACAGGUUCAAUUAAACUUUCUUAAUCCUUUAAACAGCAAACCAAUAGAAAUACAUCAACCCUUUGGUAUUUAUCUCAUUGAUCAGUUGAACAAAUUGAUAAAUACACAAAAGGAUGAUAAUGAUGAUGCAGUAGAGACGGCGCUCGAUACGAUUUGGUAUUCAACUGCUUUUAUACGUGAAAUAAUGGCCAUUCAUCCAGCCAAAGGAAUAGAAAAGAAUACGACUAUUAUUUUGGAAAGUCAUACACAGGCACAACAACAUAAGAUUUAUUGUAAAAUCAGUGAUAUUUCUACUGAUUUGAACAAAGUGCAAAUUCAGUUUUAUUCAGAGGAUGAGCAGUUGACAAUGAAUUUAAUCAAAGAAUUGAAUAUCUUACAAAAAUAAAUAGUAGUAAAUGUAAUACGCGUUGUGACUAAUUAUAUGCGUAAAUAUAUGUUUGUAUGAAUGUGUGCAUAUGUUUGUGUG